AUGAUUAAAUCAAUUUUAAUUUUAUGUUUACUCAUUGUGGUUAGUGCUUUGGCAACUCCAUGCUUCCCUGGAUCUGAAACUAAGGAUCCAGUCGAUAUGACUAUAGAAUUUAAUAAAGAUAAUCAUAUGUCUAAAUUCUCAGGUCAGACAUGCUUCCAAAAAAAUAACAGAACUCUAAACUAUGUCUACAGUGUCAAGAAUUCCAAAGUCGACGGUUAUUUCAAAUUAAAGAGUUCCUAUGAAGUUAAGUUUACAACAACCAGAGACAAUAAGAAAUCAGUGGAGAAAUCAGCUACUAUCUUACUUCAAAUGCCAAAUGAAAAUAGCUAUAUUGUCAGUGUGAAAGAACAAUAA